AUGCGGUUCACCACGCUGACCUUGGAGGGCAAUGGUAGGACCCACACCGCACAGGGUGACCCUGAUCAUUCCAUGCGAGCUUGCUCCUUUGCUCCUCUCCACCCCUCUUCCUCGAUCUUCCUGUUCCGCGCCCGUGUCAGCUGCGGUGGCCCCGCCGGCAGUGCUUGGCGAGGCCCUGCUGCCAGCGCACUACUACUUAUACUGGGUGCGGCUGACCAGGUCCGCUUCGGCUCCGUGGCAGGCGACAGCUUUUCCCUCCGUUGCUCUCUUGCUCUUUCUCCUCCGCUUCCACACCCCUCGCUAGGUUGCGACUCCUGGGAUUGGCGUCCUCCUCCCCUCGUUCCUCCCGCCCUUCUUUCUCCUCGUUCCACCUCUGCCGAGGGCUGCAGGCUGCAGCACAGCCUUACCUCACUGCAGUGCCGCAUAGCCCGAGCUGCCGCGAUGUUGGGGCGGUGGAUGCUCGGUGCCCAGGGGCGAGCAGGGACGCAUGCGCGGGUGCGCGCAGACAUCCUUCCGCAAUGGAUUCCUCCGCGCCGUGGCCAGGCGGACCCGCGCUCUGCCACGGCCGCGGCCGCCCGCUGGCCGCGCCUGCAUCGCUGGAAACUGACCGAACUAUGCGUUUUCGGGGGCCCGCGCAGACCUCACGCGUUGGCGCCGCGCCCCCCUCCCUUGGUGGCGCCUCUCCGGCGCCGAAGCGCGCCAAGGGGGCUUGCCAGUCGCUCCGGGCUUUGCGGUGUCCGCGCCGCGCUUCUCGCGAGAGCUGUUUCCGGUCCGUGGGCCCCCAGGCGUGUGCACGCUUGGUCUAACGAGCGAGCCGAAGUCGCGUUGCACAAUUCGCUGCACAGCUCGCGAGCAUCCAGCGAGGGAGCGGAGCUUUCGCUGCACAACCUGCUAGUUUCAGAGUGUUUCAAUCUCUGGCUAGUUUCUUGCGCGCAGGGGCGGAUCAGCUGUCAUACGUCCUUGCUGCGCCCGGUCCAGGUCCCAGUGGGCCGUUCAGUAAAGCUUAUUCAAGCAAACAGGCAAACUUGGUUCAUGGCAAAGCAUACCAACACAGUACAAUUUAGGCGCGUGAGCGUUGCAUAUGGACCGUUACGCCAUUCACCUCAGCAGUCAUACGCGGGUUCGCCGGUACAGGGCUGCCCUUCGUCACAAUAA